AUGAGUCUGAAUAAGAGUAGUUCGUCAGCUACAGCAGUAGAUGAGCAAAAAUCUCAAUUGCUCCAGCAAGAAUAUAACAAGUCGCAACAGUUGAUCCAGCAACUAGAGUCCCAGUCCGGGACGCUAGCAUCACAACUACAAGAACAUAUUAUAGUGGAUCAGACAUUGAGCAGUAUACCACCUGAAGAGCGUCAGGUGGGGAAGAGGAAAUGUUACAAGAUGAUUGGUGGUGUAUUGGUUGAAAAAUCUAUUGAUGAUGUGAUAAAGAUCUUGCAUGAUGAAAAAAAUCAGUUGAUAAAACUGAAAAAGGAAGUUGAUGACGAAUUGGAAAAGAGUCGAAAGAAAUUGGAGAGUUGGAUUAGUAGUAAUAAGAUCAAGAUUGUCAAAGGUUGA